UAUUUUAUUCCAGGGAAACACAAUUGAAACCUUUUCAUUUUUUAUGAAUUAACGAUGGAUUUAAAACGUGAUAAAGAUGUAACAAGAUCGAGCACACAUCUUAAAUCAGUCUUUGUUCAUUUGUUCAGGAUUCAGUUUCAUUUUUUAUCAGCCAGUGAUUGACUGGAGCACUGAGGAUUUCACAACACCAUGGGCAACAGGAGGAGAGGUCACUCUCAUGCACCUAAAACACCACCUCUAUCCCUGGACACACACUCCUCUGAUCAUGAGCCGGGCGUGAAGCACAGGAUAUGUAUGGUGUCAGACUUCUUCUACCCAAACAUGGGUGGUGUGGAGAGUCACAUCUACCAGCUCUCACAGUGCCUCAUAGAGAAGGGCCAUAAGGUUGUGAUAGCAACGCAUGCGUAUGGAGACCGCCGUGGGAUUCGCUACCUGACCAACGGACUGAAGGUGUAUUACCUACCACUCCAGGUCAUGUAUAAUCAGUCCACAGCCACCACCUGCUUUCACAGUUUGCCGCUACUCCGAUGUGUGUUUGUGCGUGAGCGCAUCACAAUCGUGCACGCCCACAGCUCCUUCUCUGCGAUGGCCCAUGAUGCUCUGUUUCACGCAAAGACUAUGGGGCUGAACACUGUAUUCACAGACCACUCUCUCUUUGGAUUCGCGGACCUGAGCUCUGUACUGACCAAUAAGCUGCUGACUGUCUCUCUGUGUGACACGAAUCACAUCGUGUGUGUGUCGUACACUAGUAAAGAGAACACUGUACUGCGGGCCACCCUGGACCCUGAGAUUGUCUCUGUCAUCCCUAAUGCUGUUGACCCCACUGACUUCACCCCUGACCCCUGUCGUCGUGACAACAGCAAGAUCACCAUUGUGGUCAUCAGUCGACUGGUUUACAGGAAAGGGAUUGAUUUACUAAGUGGAAUCAUUCCUGAACUGUGUGGAAAGCAUCUAGAUCUCUGCUUUCUGAUUGGUGGAGAAGGACCCAAAAGAAUCGUAUUGGAAGAGGUUCGAGAGAAAUAUCAGCUUCAUGACAGGGUUCGUCUGCUGGGAGCUCUGGAUCAUAAGGAUGUGAGGGAUGUUCUUGUUCAAGGUCAUGUCUUUCUCAAUACUUCUCUCACUGAGGCCUUCUGUAUGGCCAUAGUGGAGGGAGCCAGCUGUGGUUUGCAAGUGGUGAGCACUCGUGUUGGAGGUAUACCUGAAGUCCUGCCUGAUGAGUUGGUGACUCUGUGUGAACCAUCAGUUCAGUCACUUUGCGAUGGCUUGGAAACUGUAAUUGCAAGAAUACGCACAGGAAAUGAGGCGUCUCCUGCCGCCAUCCACCGCAAGGUCCGAACCCUGUACACUUGGAGAAAUGUUGCAGAGCGCACAGAAAAGGUGUACAAUCGGGUGUGCAGGGAGCCCGUUUUGCCAUUGUCUGCGCGACUGCAGAGACUGCGCUCUCACUGUGGUGCCGUGGCAGGCUCCAUUUUCUCCUUUGUUGCUGUUAUUACCUUCCUCUUCCUGCUUUUCCUGCAGUGGCUCCGCCCAGAUCAUCUAAUUGAUGUUGCUGUAGACUCAUCAGGCCCCCACAGCCGCUUGGGGCAGCACGUUAGUAAGAAAACAAGUAAAACACCAAACCCGGCUGUGUCCUGAGUGACUAAUGAUCUAACAUGACUUUACAAGGUUAUUUUGGAGGGGACGGAUGUAGGUAAUGAACUGAAUUGUAGUACCAAUGUACUACGGUACAUCAAAACAUGUACUGACUGUACCCGUUUACAUUCCUGUAUAAAACUGUGACCUCAGGUGUAGAGAAAGCUUUUAAGAGCUAUCCUCAGCCAAUCCCAGAGCCCAGCGCCUGCUUUUGCACAAUGAACCCCCAUCAGAUAAUAAUCUAAGCUUGCUGAAAUGGUUGCACAAACACCUUUAAAAAUCUGGAUUCAAGAUAAAUAAAUGACAAACAGGGGCAGCUUUUUCUGUAUCACCUUUACAUUCAUCUCACAGCAUAUCUGUAUGCUUGAGGUGUGAGUUCAAACUGGUAUAUAUGAACUGAACUAAAAUGUUUAAUGAGAAA